AUGAUGUCAGAACCCGUAGCGGACAGAGAGAAGCGACCUCGUCAGCAAAGUAUUGGUGGGGUGCUCAGGCGGGAAGGCAACUGGAAGUGCUUCAUGCUCACUCUCAUGAUCGCUGGCUGCCUCGGCUCCGUGGCCUGGUGUUCCACUGCUGAGAUCGACAGGGAUCUCAUAGACUUCAGCUCGAACCCUAUAAAGAGGACGGUGCGGGAAUCGCCGUGCGACGUUGGCUACGCGUACAUCCCUAUAGCAUUCGUGCUGCUCCUUUAUUUGGUAUAUCUGGUGGAGUGCUACCACAGCACCGCGAGGAUACAGCUCGCGAGGAGGGUAGAUGUCGCCGCAGUCAAUGCUAGGGUGCACGCUAUGAGGACCGCUGCGCCUAGAGUAUGGUGGAAAGCGAUAUGUUAUCACUACGUAAGACGCAAGAGGCAAGUCACUCGGUACAGAAACGGUGACGCUUACACAACGACCCAAGUAUACUACGAGAGGGUGAACACGCAUAGCGCAAGUACAUCUUUCGCGCAUGCAUGCUGUGGUCAACGUGAUGCAUCCAGAAAUCUGGUACUAGACACCAAAACGCCAAUAACAAAAGUUCGUUUCAGCAAAGGGUUCGCGUUUGCCAACAUAGAGGCUGCUAGUGAAUUUGAAGAUCAGAGAUCAAGAUUCUUUGCGGAACACGAGCGAUUUGAUGACUUUAUGGAGAUGCGUGAAGGCUUAGAUCUUAUAGGUGUUAGUUCCUUCAAAGAAUACAUGGUAGCAUAUAGAGAAGCUGAUCGUUGUCCAUGGUAUUCGUCACAAUUACUUUUCUGGACACUGUCCUGUCUUCUUCUUUCCUGGCCUCUUAGAAUUUUAAUUGAAUGUAAUACAGCCUAUGUACAUUACACGAUCACAAAAAUAUUUGGUACAAACUACGAGUUAGAUCCAAGUCGACAAUUAGAUUUAGACACACAUUUGUCAGAUACCCUGCCGCCCGUAACAGCAACGAAUUACGCUUGGGCACUAGCAGAUGAACAGAGUGCAGUACUCUCUUCAGUACCCCGUCCACCCCGUACCCUCCCCUUAUCACAUGCUUCCACUGUUGACAGCCUCGAGCUAUUCGCUGCUAUACGGGGCAAUUGUGCCUUAGUUCCUUCUUACUCGGAAGCCAUGCGCAUUGACGCUGCCCUAAGGGAGGAACCUUCAGAGAAUACUAAUACCGCUGUUACUAUAGAUAUGGAACAUCCUCAAAGGCCAACUAGGGCUGCGAUUAAAGCGGCCUCUUUUGAUGAGCCAGUAAGACGACCAAGAGUCACUAUAGCUAGUACGCACUCAACUAACAACAUUGCUGGUUGUACCAGAGCUAACGAAGCUAAGCAACAGAAUAGACGGUCUUGGGCCGGUGUUCUAACCAACACACGAAGUGCCAGACAAAUAUUAGAAGAAUUCAGAACGUCCAACGAGGUCAAUUAUGAACCCAUGCCUGAAGCUCGACCAGCAAAUGGAGAGACUACUUUGUAUUUUUCUAGUGAGUUGUCUCCUACUUGUUCGAGAGAUCCAUUUGGUGGUCGGGCACAGACAACGCCGACUGAUGAACCUCCUUCAUACGAGGAAGCAUUAAGACUUCCAGCGUUAAGGAGACUUACUAGAUCUAUAACAGGUACAGAACUUGCCGGGCCGAGAAGAGCAUUUUUGCGAGAUGUUCUGGCUAACAGGCGGUCAUGUCUAGAAGGUGUGGGAGUGCUUUCAGGGACUAAAGUGGUAAGAUUACCGUUUUCUGACCCUGGAAAUGAAACACCACUAUAG